CGAACAAUUUCCACCCAUCCCGAAGGGUCGGAAUGCGGAGUAGCUUCGGCCAGACCUACCGAGGAGUACUGCUCAGCAAAUAUUCGAGGCUUUCAAGCCCAAGGCAAGUCAGUGUGAAUGUCGUGCGAGCGCCGCUGACGGUGGACAAGGAAGAGCAAUUCCUCGCAGAGGUGACGACUCUCGGCCGGGUAUAUCACGUGAACCUUUGUCGCUUGAUUGGCUAUUGCCGACAAAAGAAUCAUCGCAUCUUGGUCAGUCCUUAUGCAGCGGGUGGGAGUUUGUACGACAGACUCCAUCUUACACUUGAAGAUCGAGAAAGUGGAAUACCAGGAGCGGGAGUGGGUGGAGGAGGAGGAGGAGCAGGAGGAGGAGGAGGAGGAGGAGGGGACGCGCUAGAAAUGUCAAUAGAAGGAGAAGAAUUGGGAGGAGGAGGGUCAAUCGACGCCGUAGAACGAGGAGGAGAUGAGGACAACCAUCUCUCUUCUCCUCUUACACUGAUGGAGCGUGUCGUCGUUGCCCUACAGAUUGCUGAAGCUCUUCGUUACCUACAUUACGAGGUUGAGCCACCAGUUAUUCAUCGGGAUGUGAAGAGUUUAAACGUAUUGCUGGGAGAGGGCGGGGGUACGCGGCUGAAGGCAUUCUUAGCAAAUUUCGGUCUUGCCGAAGAGAUGGAGGAGGGGCUUCCAUCAGACGACAGCACAGUCUCUCAACUGAGGUGUUGUGGUACGCCGGGCUACUUGGCUCCUGAAUAUCUUGAACGGGGAAAGCUGACAAGGAAGGUGGACGUGUACGGAUUUGGAGUUGUGGUAUUGGAGAUGCUAACUGGCAAAAGAGCGAUGAUUCGCUGUCCGACUGCGGACGAGUUUAGAACGCUAGUUGAGGAGGGGAGCAACCACCUAGCUGCGGUAGAUACCGUCGAUCUCGUGGACGUCUUGGUUUUGGCCUAACGUUCGGGCAUUCGUUUUCGAACGUUCGGCCCAUCCCGAACGUCAGUUACCCUAUAUAUAUAUAUAUAGAUGGUCGACGGUGUUCGGCAUGCCCUCUCGACGCAAUCGGCCGUUUGCGGACCAUCCCCUCGCCCCAUCAAAAAAAAAAGAAAAAAACAAGGAACUCCAAAAAAUCCGAAAACAAUAAAUGUUAUACAGAAAA